GGGAUCACGUGGUGCUUUUGCGCAGCAGAGCCGCUGGACCAACCCUGUCCAUCUCCAUCAAAUCGGAAGGUGCGCUCUGCGCUUGCGCGCUCUGCAAACCAAGCUAUAACAUCCUCUUAUCUUCAUCCGUAUUAACGCUGGAAUAUUUCCACGCUGUGUUUUUUUUUACACACAGGCUGCAGGACAAAAUGCGCAUUUACGUCUUCCUGAUCCUGCUUUUUACCCUUCCUCUUUUUUCAAGUUGGGAGUUAUUAGGUGAAAGAGAGAAAGUUCAAACUGUUUGUGUUGGGAAAGAGUUUCGACUGCCGGUAGACUCCACAUCCAGAAUUGUGACGUUUACACCAGACUCUGGGGGCCAGCGACGGGUCCUGCUUGAAAGAAGCACCGUAAGGGAUCCUCGUUUUGAGUGGACCAGAGAUAAGACGUUAGUCCUGAGAGAAGUGACUUUCAGUGAUCAGGGACUUUAUGCCAACAAACUGUCUCUUGGUUUCACCUAUGAGACGGUUCAUCUGAUCGUUUCAGAAUGCAUCAAGCCAUACAGAAGGAACUACGGGGAAACCUUUGAGCACGGCAUCCCCGAGAACGCCUCCUUGUUAGAGUUUUCGCCUCGGGGUGCGCCACCUGAAGCCAUGCCUGUUGUGUUGUGGAACCGGACGAACCCGGAGACGAGUGAGGCGGGCCGGGGACGGCUGCUGCGCGGGGGAAAGGUCUGGGUAGCAGAGAGGGUGACGCAAGCAGAUCAAGGCAACUACACCGUGAAAGACGAUGCUGGGAAGGUGUUGUCUCGCAGCACACUGUCUGUUCGUGGGUACUCCUUCAACAUUACACGUUUCACCAAGGAGUCUCUUAACCUACCCUUGUUUCUUCCUGUCCAUCAUGCCCAUCUCAUUUUUACCCCAAGUCGAAUACCGGAUGAUUCCUCUCUUGGCCCCUUUGAUCCCAAACCGCCACGUGGCCCCAUUCAGCUUCUUCGUGAGGGCCAGAUAAUGGACCAUGAUCUGGCUUAUGGAUUCAUCAUCUCUGUCAUCCGCAAUGGAUCCAUCUAUGAGGUCGUUAUCACAAGACUUGCAUCACGACAUGACGGGCUGUAUGAAAUCAAAGAUGGGGACGGAAAUGUGGUGUCCUCCACCUACUUGCAUAUGAUCGAAAAAAAGGCCACUUGGCGAGCCCUCUUCAAGUCCAUCAGUGUCCCUUCAGGCAUGUUUGUGUCUCUGGCUGGUUUCAUCUUGUUCAUGAAGCGCUACCCAAACUGCAGCCUUUCACAGAUCAUCACAGGCAUCAGGACCAACCGUGCACCACCAGCUAACCCCCCCAGAGUUAAUAUCCAGCAGGAGUACAGUCAUCCCCGUCCAGAACCCCCUGCCUAUUAUAAUCCCUGUGAACAGCCUCAAACACCAAGAAAAUGGACCCCUAGAGCCAGCCCAAUACACACUGGUUACAAUCCUGUUGCCUCGGGGAGUCCAAGAGCAGAGAACCAGGAGGUACAGAGGCAGGCGGCUGGAAGCUCCUCGUCCCGACAUAAUUUGAUCCCAGAGCUGGACAAAUCUAACGAGGAGGAAGAGAGGAUUUCCUUUUCUAUGCCUGGAACCUCCGACUGCCUCCACUCCUCUGAGGACUGCGUCCAGUUCCAGAUAAAGACAGAAAAAGAGGAGGACGGACCGAGCAAAUCAGGAGAUUUCUUUUCUACAUUGCCGCUAGAGGAGGAAACUUCUGCCUCCUGCAGCGUUUACACCUCUAAGAAACUGGACUUUUUAUAAAACAGAAGGAAGAGCAGAAACAGAAGGCAUUAAGAAAUUAUAUCCAUGGAUUCUAAGGAGAAGUUGCAACACUAUUUGCACAGUUUUUGGGUUUGUACUGAUUUCUGAACCAUGGGGGGAAGUGCUGAUUAUCCUGUUUCACUUUGCACUGGUUAAUGGUGCUCUUAAAAUCUCCUACUGUUACCUACCUCUAAACCUCAGGACAGAUAGUAUCUGCACUGUAUUUACUGAGUGUCUGUAUAUGUUCUGUAAAUUCUAGGGCUAUGAUUUUAAAAAUACUAACUCUAAAGUUUGUAAGAGACAACUCUUAUUACAUCACAUAAGUAUAGCGGGAACUGGUGUGCUUACCUGUCAUGCUAACCUUUCCUUAUUAUUGCAAUAAUAAUGGUAAAUAUAAAUAUCCUGUUUGUUCUGCAGUUUAUGUAUUGUAUGGUGUUGUGAUUUUAUGUUGGAGAAAAUGACUAGUAUUAACGUUAAUGGCAUGUAUGUCCAAAAUAUUUUAACAGCUAAUCAAAAGUUAAUCUUUGAAUCCUGUGCACUGGAAAAUAACUGUUUUUUUUCAAUAGAUCUUUAUCCGCUAACAUAACCUUAUCUUUAAAAUAAAAUGU